AAUCGGCCGGUCAGCAUCAGCCCUAAAACAGCACCUACCAAGCACACCCCUACAACACCGUACCGCCUCGGCCACGUUAUCCACGUACGCACGUUGAAAUCCUCGAGGGAAUUCUCCCGUGCGCGUCCAAUUGCAACGCUGAAACCCCAGCGCGUACUCGAAAAUAGCCCUGCAAGCACGCGCGCCAAGGCCUGUCAUCUAGCGGAGCACCAUCCCAGACGACCGACCCCAACCUUGCAACCACUCCCUUUCCUUCUGCCCACCACAGACCAACGCGUCACCAGACACCGGGACCUGUACACGGACUCUGCAAACAGCUGACGCUGACCGUCCCCCCUUCUCCACACAUAUAUCAGUCCGGCGCCCGUCACCUCGGGUCCCGCUCUUCUUUUUUCUUUCGUCAUGACUACAGCCGCUCAAGACGAAUUCAACGAACUGAUCCGAGACAAGGACCGCGAAGACCGCCACCCAGAAGACCGACACAACGACAGCGACAUCUCCGACCCGGAAUCCCCUGGUGCCGCCGACGACUACCUCGAGAAGAUCGAUACCGACGACGAGCUCGACAUCCCAGCCGACAUGAGGGCGAAUUACUACAUGCCCAACAUGCGCUCAGAGGCCAACACGGGGCCCAAGGGUGUCAUUGCUGACGCCCAGGCGUUUGAGCAGGCCAAGAAGCAAGCACGACGAUUCACAUGGAAGAAGAACGCCGCACCCGCACAGUACAAUGUUAGUGCCUAUCACGAUGAGAAGACGUUGAGCAGUGAUGAGGAGGUCGACGAGGGCUUCAUGCGCCAAUGGCGUGAGGCCAGGUUGAAGGAACUGCAGAAUGUUGGCGAAAGGAUACGGUCGAGGACCAACAGCCCUAGCCGGAGGAUAUAUGGCAGCAUGCCGUUGGUGGAUGGUGAGGGGUAUCUCGAUGCUGUCGAUAAGACGGCGUCGGGUACUGUCGUUGUCGUCUUCAUCUACAACAGACACCCAGAAGCCUACGUAUCACAAGAGUUUGAGAUGGUCAUGCGCGAGGUCGCAAAGCGCAACGACACCGUCCGCUUCGUCAAGAUGUACAACGACGACGCCGAGAUCGAGGACGCCGGUGUACCCGCCGUGCUAGCAUACAAGGGUGGCGAGAAGUUCGCAGACCUAAUACCGCUCAUCGAUUGUCUGCCCGAUGAUUCAGAGCUCAGCGCUAUCAGCCUCGAGACAGUCUUCAGACAGUGAGUCCUCUCCUCCAUUUAUCACUACCACCCAUCAAUUGA